GCGGGGCGGAGCGGAGCUGCCCGUCAUGGCCGCCAGCCGCCUCCCGCCGGGCGCCCUCAGCCUGAAGCAGUUCCUGAGGCGACAGCAGGUUCUUCGCUUAUACAGGCAGAUCCUGCGGGCUAUUCGCGACGUCCCUGCUGAAGCCGAUCGCCACUAUUUAAAGGACUGGGCCAGGGAGGAAUUCAGGAGGAAUAAAGAUGCGACAGAAGAGGAUGCAAUCAGGAUGAUGAUUACUCAAGGCAACAUGCAACUUCAGGAACUUCAAAGAACACUUAAGCUGGCAAAAUCCUGAUCUUAAUUUUGUUGACAGCUGCACUUUCAUCUGCUGCAAACAAGCAUAGUAUUUCUCGCAGAAUGUGGUUACAAUACUAGCCUUUGCGGACAACCUGGUAGUGUUUGAAGGUGGACUCUACUGCAGUGGGUUUUUUGUUUGGGGUUUUUUUUUUCCCCUUCCUCUUCUCGGUUUGGUUACCCUCCCCUGUGGAAAUCACUUAGACACAAAGGACUUUAAAGAACUGAAUGGAUGUAGCAUGUGCUGUGGGAAAAGCAGAAAGCACCAACGAUUACAACAGCAGUGUUAUACCAGGGAAAUGGAAAAUAAACACAAGCCAGA